GAGGAAACAUUUCUUCUCCUGCAGCAACAAUGACUUCAGUUCAGGCUUUGAGAGAGUUUAUCAACCAGAGACUGGCCGCUGCUGCUGGAGAAAUCUUCACCGUGUUCCAGCAAACUAUCGUUCAGUACGAGGAGGAGAUUGACCGACAGCACAGAUUCCUGGAAAUCAUCUUGAAACCUCAGGUCAAGUUACACAGAACAGAGCUCCAGCAGCACCAUGGCUGCAGCGAGGAGCAGCGCUUUCAACAGGAAACAGACUGCUGUCUGGAACAGGGAGAGCCAGAACCGCCACAGAUCAAAGAGGAACCAGAAGAACCACAACCUGUACAGAUCAAACGGGAACCAGAGGAACCAGGACUUCUGCAGCUUGAGGAGAACCAGGAGGAACCAGAACCUUCACAGAUUGAGGAUCACGAGGAACUCGGUACCAACCAGGAGGGAGCGCGGGUCAUACUGCAGUUUGAAAGUGAUUCCUUUCGGGUUCCUGCUGUUGAAGAGCAGAGUUACUCGAGGAAACCGGACACUGAGCAGCUCCUCUCUCAUGACUAUGAAGUCCACCAUGAGAAAAAAAUCGGCAUAUUUCAUAGUGAGCGCAUGGAGAACUGUAGUGAAACUGUCCCAGAAAAACCUGAAUUAUGUCAGAACUCAAGAACUGUCACUGAGAAGAAAACGGUUCAUGAAAUCUGUGGUAAAACUUAUAACCAGCAGCUGUUGGUCCAUGUGAAAACUCACUCGAGUGAGAGGCCGUACUCUUGUAGGACCUGUGGGAAAAGUUUCCGUCGACAGGAUAAUUUGUUGGUCCAUUUCAGAACUCACACAGGUGAGAAGCCGUACCGUUGUAAAACAUGCGGGAAGAGUUUCAAUCAGCACAGUAUUUUGUUGCGCCACACGAGAACUCACACGAGGGAGAAGCCGUAUUCUUGCAAAGCGUUCGGGGAAAGUUUCCAUUGACAGGAUAACUUGUCGGUCCAUAUCAGAAGUCAUACAGGUGAGAAGCCGCGGUCGUGUGGGACAUGUGAGAACAGUCCGGAAACCUGGAAGAAGUUAUGACAGACUCCCUCCAAACAUCACAAGGACUCAUCCAGUUUGAAUGAAACGCUACUGAUUUAAACUCUGCCGAGACUCUGCUUCAGGAAAAGUUCAUCACAAAAACAAAUACAGGAUUUAAUUCCUUUCAGUUUCCAUUUGUGUUGAAGUACACAAGCUGGCAAACUGUCAUCUGAUUGCAGAAUGAAGCAGAUUUCAUUAUUAUUUUGACUAAGACUGCUUUUUCUAAACUCAUUAAAGUGCAGAUGUGGACUUUAAGAAAUGGAAAUACAAUGUUGAUAAAAGCCCAGUGGGAUUUGUUACUGAAUGUUUUGGAUUUAUCAUGAAUGUUUAUCUGUAUUCUGUAGACCUUAGGGUAUGACCCCCACCAGAAACACAUCCACCUCCAGAAUCAUAUCGGUUUCCUUCCAAAGUGUGUGUGGUGUCUAUUAUUCCACAUUUCCUCCAGCAUAAUGUACAAUCAGGAUCUGUCACAUGUGAAGAAAUGAUGCGGGGGUAAUAAAACACUCAAUCUUUGUUUCCAUAAUUGGCUGUUAAUUCCCUUACGGCAACCUGCCCACAUGCCCUUCAUUAGUGUCUUAUUGUAUUUAAUACAUGGAAGUGGUCCAUGGUCUGGUAUUGUGAUUGGCCCAACUGUUCUCUCUUUUAUUCUAUCCAGCUCAAUUUUUUGAGAUGCAGAAUUUUGGAGGUCAGUGUUCUUCUUCCGGUUUCAAAUGAGCUCAUUUCCAGUCACUUGAAUCAGUCAAACUGUGCUUUUUUGAUAUUCUACAUGAUUAACUGAUUCAGCACUGACCGGUCUGUUACAGGAAAGCUGUUCAGUUGCAAUCUGUUGGAAAACUGUAUGUGGUCCCUCACCUGGCUGCUGGUUGGAG